UUUUCUUCCGCGCCUAUAGAGGGCGGUGCAGUCAUUAAAAAAGCGGAAUAAGACCGAGAGGUUAAGCGAUUCGUUCUCCAUUCACAGAAAUGGCUGUCUCCUGUCUGAACGCGGUUCGAGUUAAAUUGUAUUUUGACUAUCCUCCACCGUCGUUGCCCGAUUGCCGCAUGAGCUGGCUGCUGGUGGACUUGAACAAAUGUCGCUUAGCGGCAGACCUAGCGAGCGUGAUCAGGGAGAAGUUUGACUACAGUCGCAAAACUGUUUUAGACUUGUUCAUUGAAGACUGUUACGUUCCUCCGUCAGAGAGCAUCUACGUGGUUCGGGACAAUGACAGCAUAAGGGUGAAGGUUUCCAGUGUGUACUGGUCGACUGCAAAUUCGGUGGAGCAUCACAGUACUGCAGGUAAGAAGAGAUGUCGAGAGGAAGAGGAGGAAGAACAGGUGGAAGGUGCAUCGCAAGCACCAGCGAAGAAGGAGCACAUAGAAAACCAAGUAAACGGUUUUACUGCACCUGCUGAUAAAAGCAAGAAAAAGGGGGUCAAGGAGAAGAAGAAGAAGAAGAAGAAGAAAAAGAAAGAGGAGGAGCAGACUGAGCAUGCAAGCGUCGCUGCCUCCGAGGCACAGCCGGCCAGAGGCAGUAACAAAACCCCGACCUCCACUGUCUCUGCCAGUGGAGAACCAGCAGCCUCGUGUGGGAAACCUAAUGAAACUUCAGACUCCUCAGACAGCAGCGAGGAGGCCCUUCAGAAACCUCCUCCACCCAAACUCAAGGCCAGGGCCGAGAAGACAGCAGUAGCUAGGCGGCCUGCUGCAACUGCAGGAUGCCUCGGCUCCUCGUCGGAAUGGUCGUCCUCCGAGGACGACGCUGCACCUGCAGCGGGCAAAGUCCGCAUUCCUGUCAAGCCAUCCGGGUCCACACUAAAAGCCUCCGUCUCAACCAACUCCAAAACACCACCCGCGGUGCGCCCACGGCCUUCAUCGGAUUCGUCGUCGUCGUCGUCGCCGCCCCCUGACGGGCCACAGGCUCCAGCUGAGACGCCCCCUGCUGCUGCUUUAUCGUCCCACACAGAACAGGGUGGCCUGACCACUCUGUCCACCCCUGUAGCUAAAGAGCCUCAGAGGAAGCCUGAGUGCUCUGACUCCUACAGCAGCAGUGAGACGGAGCUGGUGAUCAGGAGGCCCAAUCCAAAGGCCAUGGGACUUACCCCUGCUGGAGUGGCCCAUCGCGGGGGUGGAGCGGUGGGCCGAGGACGAGGGGACCCGCGGGGCACGGAGAGGGGCCGAGGUCGAAGUGGGGGGAGGAGCGGCUACGGAAAGGCCAGGGGCACUCCUUGGAAACAGGGUUUUCAUUCCAACUAUGAGGGCGAGGAGCUGCAGAGACGACAGGAUUUUCAGACCAAUAAAAGCCUGUUGCUCCAGAACCCAGCAGAGCCCGAGCCCAGACGAGACUACAGCGUUUUACCUCUCCUGGCAGGUCCUCCAGCAGAGGGACAGAUGAUCGCAUUUAAGCUUCUGGAGCUCACAGAGAGCUACACACCAGAGGUUUCUGCUUAUAAAGAAGCGAAGAUAAUUGGUUUUAAUCAUGCCACUAAAAUGAUUGAACUGGAACUUCUCUCCCAAACUCCAGGCCGAUCUGAGCCCGGCAAGUUUGACCUGGUGUAUCAGAAUCCGGAUGGUUCGGAGAGAGUGGAGUAUGCAGUCACGCAUGGCUCUCAGUUGACUGAGCGCUGGGAUUCUUUGCUCGAGCCAAGGCUCAUCGUGGAAAGCACGGGCUAAAAGGCGGAACGUGCCGGCAAGCUGCCACGAGCUAGAAGAAUUUGUUUUAUUGCAGUUUUUCAUUCUUAAGUGGCACUUUUGUAUUAUAAAGUGUUUUAAGAAAAUUGCUGUGUAUGUAUUAGUUGAAUAAAUGUUAUUUUAUACACA